CGUUUGGAACGUCGCGCCUUGCCUCGGGAAUGGAAUGACUCCAGCCUAUUCGGCGAGGGAUAGAUUUGACAGAAUCGGAGGGUGUAUCAUUUGAAAGUUUUCUUUUAACGUUUAAUGUGAUUUAAUAUUGAUAUGAUAAUUAAUAUUGAUCAAAAUGAUAUUUUAUUUUUCUGGCACUUCUAAUUCUUGUUUGUUUUAAGGGAACGGGGAUUCAACUUAAGCAAAUCCCGAGGUCCAUUUUGUUAUUUUUGCAAAUCAAGCCCCCCCCCCCCGAAGCUGUAUUGUGUUAGCGAAUAUAACUAGGUAUAGGUUUACUUAGCCUGGUUGCGUUAGCAAAAACACGGCGAAAGAAGACCAAACAAAAGAACCAACGAUAAGACCUUGCUGUCUAUAUAACUGUAUGUAUGUCUUGAGUUAGCACGUUAGCUAGCAAGCGACCUACUGGCUGAAACCUAGCAUGAUGAAUCAUUUUGAGCGACAGCCUUUGAGGAAUUAAGCAAGGACCGUUUAAUGGUUGAGCGUUGUAGUUCAUCAGCAAAGAACGAGGUUCCACUUGGUAGUUAAUAGGCUACCUCUGUGUCGAAUGGUAUACUCCUGGAUUUACAAGAGAUCUUGAUUAACUAUCAUUAGCCUACGGCAGCUGAAUCACCAAUUUUGGGAGAAGAGCUAGCUAGCUAUCUGGUCAGCUCGUGUGAUUCUUGGCUAGCUGCAAGCUUGCGAACGCGGACAAAGAGAAGACCAACGUAAGCCAAUAUUUUUGUGGCAGCAUUUGAACCCUUAUUAUUCAUCGUAUUUGGAAAGGAAAACAAUAAACAAGGAAUUGACAUGAUGUUUCCACAAUCCAGACAUUCAGCUUCAUCACAGCAGCUGAAAUUCACAACCUCCGACUCAUGUGACCGAAUCAAGGAUGAGUUCCAGUUCCUCCAAGCACAAUACCACAGUUUGAAGCUGGAGUGUGACAAGCUGGCCAGCGAGAAGUCUGAGAUGCAGCGUCAUUAUAUUAUGUAUUAUGAGAUGUCUUACGGGCUGAACAUUGAAAUGCACAAGCAGGCUGAGAUUGUGAAGAGAUUAAACGGAAUCUGCGCCCAAGUCCUCCCCUACCUGUCCCAGGAGCACCAGCAGCAGGUCCUUGGGGCCAUCGAGAGGGCCAAGCAGGUCACCCCUCCAGAGAUGAACUCCAUCAUCCGGCAGCAGCUCCAGGCUCACCAGCUGUCCCAGCUCCAGGGACUGGCCCUGCCCAUGACCCCUCUGCCUGGUCUGAGCCAGCCCACCCUGCCUGCCGUCACCUCGUCCUCAGGCCUCUUCUCCCUGUCCUCCAUCCUGGCCUCGCAGGCCCAGCUGGCCAAAGAGGAGAAGGCCUCACGCGAGGGAGCCGACAGUCACCGCGAAGAGGAUGGGGACAAGUCCGACUAGGUCUCCCCCGAACCUCCACCGCGUGUCAGCAGUGGCGUUCGGGCGGGGGGAGGGUGGGGGGUUUGUGGUGCUGUGUUCCUGCUCUUGAUUCAUCCAACCCCCCCUCCUCUCCCCUUCCUUAGAACUUUCUAUUGCUCUGCUUGGCUUUUAAACUUCUCUCUAUUCUUUCUCUCGCUCUCUUGUCUAUCGGAUGCUUUUGCUGUCAUUCAAACUGCUUUGAAUUUGUGUACAGUGUUGAUUUUCUUUUUUUACACAAUCACUUUUUACGAAUAUCUUUUGUUUUUGUUAAUCUGUUUGUGAUUUGAGCUUGGCUUCUGUUUUAUUACUUGUGUACUCUUUUCAUGGUUACACCAUCUCUCUCCUCGCUCUCUGACCUCAUUUUCAGUCUUCAUCUCUGCCUCCACACUCUUUGGCUGUAGAUGAAGAGAAGCAUUCCUGUCCUAAUGUAAAGCUACGCUGUUGCACAGUCAAACUCUAGCGCUCCUUUCCGUUGUUUAUAGAAAGCAGAUUGUAUCUAAAAAGCGCUCUUGAUUUUCAUCUCUACUUUAGAGCUACUUUCAUACUGUUUCUCUUUAUUUCCUCAAACAAAUGUGUGGAUAAAUUCCCAAAAGAAUCCUCUUCAACGUAUUGUGCUACUUCAGACAAUAUCUAUACUGCAGCAUUUACAAAAGGCUUGCUACUAAUACUAUCAUAACAGUCCCCAUGUCCAUAUUCAGUCAAUGGCAACAUGGUUAUGGCCUUUCUGUAAAGUGAACUAAUAUUAUGUCUGGGGGAGAUGUGGUGUAGGACAGGGGCAGUGCACCUGGCUUCUGCAACAGUAGAGGGCAGUAAGGGAGUGGGAAAAUAGUUGUCACAUACACAUUUUAGGAAACAUUUGUCUUUAUUGUUAGCGCAUAGAACAAAAUGUCCUCUCUGGAUGUAUAUCCUAUGAAGGUCCUGCCCCCUGGCUCCUUGUUUUGUAGAGUGAUAUUGGGCUUCACAUUUGCAUCAUCAAAUUCAUGAAAAAUUUGUCAUUUAUUGCAUGCCUACGUAAAUACCUACAUUCUGAGUGACAAAUUGUCAUUUUGUGCAUGAAUUCAAAGGUACUUCAUGAAGAACAAUGAACAAAGCUUAAAAAUAUCACUGUUGUCAUCACUAAUACAAACUAUGAACUGCCCUGCUUCAAAAAACAAACAGAAAACUAACUGUAAAAAGGCUUUUUGCCAACUUGCAAGUCUUCCCCUCAACUAGGAAUACGGAAGCAAGUUUCUCUAGGAUACAGGAGGUUUCAAAUUAGACUUUUCAAACUGGGUCAAUGUGUCUUACUUGAGCAUUAUAUUUAGAUGACAAAACAUUGGGCAUGAGUAAAUCAAAAAAGUGUAUUUUUUAUUGACUAGAUCAGGGGUGUCAAACAUUUGAAUGAGGGGAUCCAAUCCAGCCCGCAGGUGGUUUGAGUAAAACAAAUAGGGGUGCCCUGUGGCAUCUCAGACCCACUCUGAGUGAUAACCAAACACCCAUAAUUAAAUAAGGCUAAGUAGGAUGCACUCUUCCCUCUGAUGUAAGGAGACUCCUAUGUCCCAGGGCAUUGAAGGGAACAUUGCCCUGGCACUGGGUGCCCUUUAUCAGCUGGAACAUAGUAACUGCUGUCCUGACUCACGUUGGUUACCAAAGAUCCCAUUGCACUUAUAUGGGCAGGGAUGUUGACCCUCAUACUAUCAUGGCCACCAAAUCAUUCCAAUUGGCUUAUUUAUCCCCUCAUUCCAUCCAUGCAAUUCUUAAGGAUGUUGCUGUAGAGGAGAAUAUGUUCUCGAUUAACAUUGUAGUCUUUUUAAAUGCGCUGUUUCUGUUUAGAUGCUGGACUUGUUCUGAACUGAUGUGUUCUGGUAGCCUACUGGAGGAUGGAGGACAAAUUGUGACGGAAGGGAAAUGUAACCUAUUUUCCAGGCGGCCCUCCGGACCUCGUUUAAGACCUGAAAGGAGUGCGUUUGCCACCCCUGGACUACAUUAAGCAGAAAUGGCCACCAUUUUGUGCUAAUUCUCUCCACCCCAAAAUGUUUCUCACAGCCUAUUGGAGAUCCAAAGUGUGAGAAACGGCAGCUAGACGCAAUAUUAGCUGGAGCCAUGAUAUGUGUGUCACAGGCUACAUCUAAGGAUCAGAACUAAAGGUUGAAGGUCUGGGCAGCCUUAGAGCUAUGGAGAACGGUAUAGAAGAUGUGUGUGAUGGUGACUGUGGUGGUUUUACUGUAAGAUUGAUUGGGAGGGAAUUGGUGUUGUCUGACCAUUGUUUGUAUCCCAGCCUGUGAUAUAUCUACUGUAUGUUUUUGUAAUCCCCUUAUAGUAAUAUACAUUCUGUUUUUGUAUUCCUCUUACAGUAAUAUACAUUCUGUUUUUGUAUUCCUGUUAUAGUAAUAUGCAUUCUUCUUUCCUUUUUUCGGUGGGUUACACUGUGAGGGUACAUAGAUCUGUGUAAAUGUCCUAGAUGAAGCAUCAAAGGAAGAAUGGUGAGGAAUGAUUCCAUAGCCGUAUGUAAAUGCAUUCAUAAACCUCUGUAUUAUAGAUUUGAACGUUGGUCGGUCGUUGUUGAACCUGGGAUUGACACAUGUGGCUCUUAAAGUCUCAAACUGCUUGUGAACGGAGCUGACAGCACAACUUACUCUUUUCAGCGUAGUGAUAUGCAACGUGUGUGGGCAGAGGCAACACAAACGCAUGUCUCUUCGGGGGGGGGCCGAGUCCUUUCUAUUAGCGAAGAAAUGUUACGAAAAAAAGGUUGGUCCACAUUUUCUGUGAUCAAUGCACUUGUUUGAAUAUUAUCGCUAUGAAAUAGAAUGAGAGUAAAAAGUUGUUAGAGAUUCUGAUUUCCUCUGUGUUUGUUUCGUAGUGGAGGGCCAGUCUAUGUAUACAGGUAUACAUAUAAAGCUAGCUGUAUAUGUAUAUGGCUGCAUCUUCUGUGUCUGUCCUGGAUGACUCCUGUAUCAUGUCCUAAAGUACUGAUGUGAUACUAGAGGAACUGCAGUACUUUGACCUUUCCCUUACCUUUGCCCUUUACCUUUGCUCUUUAAACCCUGACCCAAUGCGUGCCCUUUCCCCCUUGCCCUAUAGCGUUAAGCAUUGUAAGCAUUUUAAGCUUUGUAAAGGUCUUUUUUUAAAUACUUAUUUUGUGUAUAAUGUAAAACUUGGCAAAAAAAAUGGUGUCAUGAAAUCAUAAUAUAGGGUUGAAAUAUAAAAAGUAACAAACAUUUACUAUAAAUAAAUCAAAUGUUCUGCAGUAAGGAAGUACUUCUGGUGCCUUACAAAUAAAGUCAAUCAAAUCAA